AUGAACUGGGGAUUGCUGGGGGCGUUCAGUGCAGCCACCAUUCUGGGUGCGAUGUUUAGCUCGUAUGUGCCAUUUGUCGUUCCUAAUGUAUAUACGCGCAAGACUGUGAGAGAGCUGCUUCGCGCCGACGAAAUCGCGAUCAGCAAAGAGGCAGCCCCCACCACUGCCGCUACCAGUACCACUACCACUACCACGACCAGUACAAGUACCACUACCACUACCAAGACCAGUACAAGUACCACUACCACUACCACUGCCACUCCCACUACCACUCCCACUACCACUACAACUACAACGAUGACUACGACGACCACUACGACGACCACUACGACGACGAGUACGACGACGAUUGCUACUCCACAGCUUCUUCGAAAACAUGCUGGGCUGUACCUGGACAAGACCCGCGCACCCGAACUGAGCAAUGCUCUUCUUCUUACGGCCGCGAACUACGGCUACAUGGACAUGCUGCGGAACUGGGAGUGCUAUGCAGGAAAGCUCGGUUUGGAUUGGCUUGUCGUUGCACUAGACGACCAAGUCUAUCAAGAGCUUGGUCCAGAACGCAGCUUUCUUACCGUUGGCGAGCGCCACGGGUCCUACGAACGCUAUGGAAGUCCUGGUUUCAAGAUUGUGGCAUGCAAUAAGCUGCGGUCAAUGUUGUCUGUGCUUGUGGAGACGCAGCUGGAUGUGGUGUUCUCAGACGGCGACAGUGUGUUCAAGAGCGACCCAUUCCUCCCGUCACUUUCGCUCGGAAGUAUGAUGCGCUCGGGGAAGUACGACAUGAUUUACGGACGCCAAAUCUGGCCACCGGGGCCUAGGACCGACGAGCACCACCAAGAACCGACGAAGGGCAACACUGGCUUCUACUAUGUGUCAGGUGGAAGGAAGCCGCAAAUCAUGCAGCGCAUGUUCAACAUCAGCAUUCAGUGGUGCGACAAGCGGCCCAACCAAGAUGACCAAGAUAAUUUCUGGGACGCACUUGUGGUCGAGCGGAAGCGGAAGCCAAAAGACAAGGAGUUUUUCGCAUGUUUCCGGCACUGCGACAGCACUCAAUGUGCAGGCGUGGUAGGGGACGCAGUCUUUGACUAUUGCGACAUGAACCCAUGGGAAUACAUCGAUGGAUCCGUCGCUCCCAGACUUGCUUUGCAGGAACCGUACCACAUGGUGUCCUAUCACGCCACGUGGGUUCUUGGCAAGCACAAUAAACAGGAGAAACUGAAGAUCGUUGAGCUAUGGGACCCUGCAUGUACCAGUAAAGCCUUCAUUGGUACCGCCACCACCACCACCACCACCACCACCACCACUACCACCACCACCACCAGCACCGCCACCGCCACCGCCACCGCCAAUGCCACCGCCACGGCCACUGGCACGGCCGUGACAAGGACGACAGCGACUACUACUACAACGGCUCUGUCUGCUCCUGGUUUUCCCUCCGGUGGCGGCUUACUCAAUGCUGAGGAAGAUGUUGAGUUUGCUCAGCCUCUUAGCCGCGAUGUUACACUGGACAUACCGCCUGUGUUCAAAUGCAAUCCCUUCGAUCACGUGCUGGCAAUCAACCUCGAGGGCCCAGGCGGAGAAUCACGGCGCAAGCAUAUUCUGGGAGAGUUGGAGAAGGCAGGCUUGCGAGGAAGGUUCAAACUGUGGCCAGCCGUCAACUUUCUCACAGAUGAAGGGGGGCUGGCCGAAGAGACUCAAAAGAAGAAACACCCGAAGUGUCCAUGCGAUCCGAAGAUGAGCAAUUCACUAAGUCAUAGGCGUAUAUAUGAGACUAUGCUUGCUGAGCAGUGGGCAUGCGCGACGAUCUUUGAAGACGAUGCGACCCUCGCUGAGAACUUCACGCCCAGGGUCAAAAGUGUUAUCGAUAGCAUCCCACCGUUCGAUGUUAUUCUGUGGGGGCAUUGUCCAGGUGGGGGCAAGCCCCGGCACGGGCCCAAGGAUCAGAGCUCAGUUCCCAUACUUCGAUACGGCUGGCCAGGUUCGUGCCUACACGCCUAUACUGUCAGUCUUCAGGGCGCCCUGCUAAUGACACAAGCAAACAUGCCUGUGCACACGCCAGCUGAUGGAGCUAUGGACCACAAGCACUGGCAUGAUCGGACGAGGUUGCAUGGCGACAGGUCUGGUGGCCGUUACGGCGUCGUCCCUGCCUCUUACUGGUUCGCCACUCCGCAGCUGUCAUGGCAAGGGGCAGACGCCUUGGAGGGAGGAACCCUUUAG